AUGAGUUUGAGCAAAGAAGAAUCUAUUGCAAGAACAAUCAGCCUAGUUGAUGGAAUCAACUUUGUUACCCAGCCAGCAAAGUCGGUUGAGUCACCAUUUGCAAAGUUGGUAUCAAAUGCGAACAAGCUUAUUCGCUCAAAUGAUCCAUACGCAUUGGUAGAGAAUUUUUUGUUGGAUAGAGAUAACCAAAGACACGAUAGAGGAGAUGAAGAAUCAGAAGAACAAGAGCUUGACACUGUUACCGUGACAACAGAUUCUGAAACCUUGUUGAAGAACUUGCCCUUUUUGUCGGCAUCAUCGUUUAAAAACAACAAAGUUGUCAACCAUGUCGAAAUACAUAACUCAGACUUCACGGUUGUUACCAGUUUGAAAGACUUGAAGUUUCCAAUAUUAAUAUCACAGAGUCCACGUGAAACCUACCAAUUUGCCAAUUUGGCAUACAACUUAUCGGAGAAAUUGAAUACAUCUAUUUUCCACUUUUACGUCUCAGACGCAACGUAUAAGUCGAGUGAAUCUAUCAAACCAUCUGAGGGUAUAUUUUUGAAAGACUUGAAUGAGUUGUCUUUUGACAAAGUGUUAGCUGAGUUUGAUGUUCAACCUUUUGAAGUUGCCAGCAAAAUACAAAAGCAGAAGGAUGCUAUUCUUUAUCUUGGUCAAUUGGACGAUGCUUUAUUAGAGGCUGCUACCAAAGCUGGUGUUUUGUUGAUUAGCAUUAGGGUAUAUCAACCAUUUUCCCUCGCGCGCUUACUUAAAAUCGUACCUGACCAUGUUGAAACGCUCACCAUUGUACAACAAGCAAACACUGGCUUUUCGCAAUUUUCUCCAUUGCUCCUUGAUUUUUUUGCCGAAUACGCAGAGCACCAAACUUUGAAAAACUUUACAAAAAUUGUGUCUGCUACUUUUAGCCCUGUGAUAAACUAUACCGGUGCUUUGAUCAAACUUGUUUCAAACGUCCAAUCAGAUAAACCUUCUCAAAAUUUGUUCUACGGUGAAUCUAAAGACUCCAGUUUGGGAAAUAAGACCGCCAACAAGCAACAUCAAGAAUACGACAAGGCUGUGUCAGAGGCUCAUAAUUUGGAACAGGCUUAUUCGAAAAUCUUGCAGCAAGUCAACGACACUAAUUUGAAGAUUUUGAAUGAGUAUCAAGCCGAUAAUAUUGGGUUGGAGACUAACCCUGAAUAUGGUUUCGGAGCAUUCUUGCAUGACCAGGAACAACAAGAGAAUUUGACCAGCUUGGUACAAGUCGCUUUGAAGGAGAAUAAAUUCAAAACAAAAGAUAACAGUAAAUUGAUUGACUUGUUGUCUCAAUGGUUAGUACAAUUGCAGGAGAAUGGUGAAGUCGAAAGUAGGAUACCACUUGAAGCUAUUGAGUUAUUGAAGACAGAUGAAUCGUCAACCACUUCGAGAGAACUUCUUGCAUUGUCAACUUACUUCACCACCAAUAGUAAUUGGCUUAUAGGGUCGGAUGCCUGGUCCUUUGACUUGGGCUCAUCAGGUGUCCACAGUGUUAUCACUUCUGGUAAAAACAUUAACAUGUUGAUCAUUGAUUCUGAACCAUAUGAAGAAAAGUCUUCAGACAAAACUAUCAAUGGGUUUAGAAAGAAAGAUGUUGGUUUGUACGCCAUGAACCAUGGAGAUUGUUAUGUUGCAUCGGUGGCAGUGUACUCUUCGUAUACACAAGUAUUGCAAGCAUUUAUUGAAGCCGAAAAGUUUAAUGGACCAUCGGUAGUUUUAGCCUACUUACCAUACCACAAUGAAUCAGAUAAUACAUUGGCCGUCUUGCAGGAAACCAAGAAAGCUGUUGAUACCGGUUACUGGCCAUUGUAUAGAUACGAUCCAAAUGCGGCAAAGGAAACUGACGUUUUUAAAUUGGAUUCAUCGAAUUUGAGAAAACAAUUGAAGGAAUUUUUGGACAAGGAAAACAAGUUGACCUUGUUGGCUUCUAAGGACCCCUUGUUGUCAAGAAACUUGACCGCAAAUGCCAACACUGAGGCUAAACUCAAGCAAGCAAAAAUUGCUGAUGAGUCUUAUGCUAUGUUGUUGCAGGGCUUGUCUGGUCCUCCAUUAACAAUCGCUUUUGCAUCCGAUGGUGGAAAUGCAGAAGGCUUGGCUAAGAAAAUCAACAGACAAGCCUUGGGAAGAGGAUUGAAAGCAAAUGUGUUAGCCAUGGAUGAUAUCUCAAUGGAAGACUUGCCAAACGAAACCAACGUUAUUUUUGUCACAUCGACUUCGGGUCAAGGUGAGUUUCCAGGUAAUGGUAAACAGUUUUGGGACGGCCUUAAAAAUUCAAACGCCUUGGAUCUUUCUGGUGUUAAGUUUUCAGUGUUUGGUUUGGGUGAUUCAGAAUAUUGGCCAAGAAAGGAAGAUAAGCAUUACUACAAUAAACCUGGUAAAGAUUUGCACGCCAAACUUAAAUUGUAUGGUGGUGUUGAAUUGGCUGAGAUUGGAUUGGGAGAUGAUCAAGAUGCUGAUGGAUUCUCUACUGGUUUUAAUGAAUGGAUUCCAAAGAUUUGGGCUGCAUUGGGUGUUGACAAUGUUGAAGGUGUUGAAGAACCAAAGCCAAUCACUAAUGAAGAUAUGAAGAUUGGUUCUGAUUAUCUCAGAGGGACUAUUGCCGAAGGUUUGCAAGACGAAUCAACUGGUUCAAUUUGCGCCGUUGACCAACAAUUAACCAAGUUUCAUGGUAUCUAUAUGCAAGAUGACCGUGAUGUGAGAGACGAACGUAAGGCCAAAGGUCUUGAGCCGGCAUACGCUUUUAUGGUUCGUGUAAGAUUGCCAGGUGGUAUUGCCAAUCCGAAACAAUACUUGAAGAUGGACGAAUUGGCCGAUGAAAGAGGUAACGGUACGUUGAAGUUGACAACUAGAGCCACUUUUCAACUUCAUGGUGUUGUCAAACACGAUUUGAAACCGGCAAUCAGAGGUAUGAAUGCUGCUUUAAUGGACACUUUGGCUGCAUGUGGUGAUGUCAAUAGAAAUGUGAUGGUGUCUGCAUUGCCAAACAAUGCUAAAGUACAUGGACAAGUUUCUGCCACUGGUACAUUGAUAUCAAACCACUUGUUGCCAAGUACAACAGCAUACCACGAAAUCUGGUUGGAAGGUGAAAUGCCUUCUGAUAAGGCUGGUGAUAGAGAGGCUUGGGAAAACCGUAAAGAAGGCCCAACAAAGAAGAAAACCUUGGUUGCUGGUAAUGUUUUGGCUGAUGUCGAACCAUUGUACGGUGUAACCUACUUGCCAAGAAAAUUCAAGAUUGUUAUUACAGUCCCUCCUUAUAAUGAUGUUGAUGUGUAUGCCCAUGAUAUUGGAUUGAUUGCAAUUGUUGAAGAUGAUAUUGUAAUAGGUUACAAUGUGUUAGUUGGUGGUGGUAUGGGUACUACUCACAAUAACAAAAAGACCUACCCAAGAACUGGUUCCAUGUUUGGUUAUAUUCCAAGAGAUCAAAUCCACAUUGCUUGUGAGAAGAUUAUGUUAGUUCAAAGAGAUUUUGGUGACAGAACAAACAGAAAGCAUGCUAGAUUGAAGUACACAAUCGAUGACUUGGGUGUUGAGGUAUUCAAGUCCAAGGUUGAGGACUUGUUGGGAUACAAGUUUGAGGAACCAAAGCCAUUCAAGAUUGAAAACAAUGUUGAUCAUUUUGGAUGGUGUAAGGAUGAAUUGGGAUGCAAUCACUUUACCGCUUUCAUUGAGAAUGGUAGGAUUGAAGAUACCCCGGAAUUGCCACAAAAGACAGGUUUGCGUAAAAUUGCUCAAUACUUGCAGGACAACAAGAAGUCGGGAGAGUUUAGACUAACUGGUAAUCAGCAUUUGCUUAUUUCCAACAUCAAGGAUGAAGAUUUGCAAGACGUGAAGAACUUGUUGGCAAAAUACAAAUUGGACAAUACUGAGUUUUCAGCAUUGAGAUUGUCUUCAGCUGCCUGUGUUGCUUUCCCAACUUGUGGUUUGGCCAUGGCUGAGUCAGAAAGGUAUUUGCCCCAAUUGAUCACCAAAUUAGAGGAGGCUUUAGAAGAUUAUGGAUUGAGACACGACUCUGUGGUUAUGAGGAUGACAGGUUGUCCAAAUGGUUGUGCUAGACCAUGGGUUGCAGAAGUGGCCUUAGUUGGUAAAGCAUAUGGCGCUUACAACUUGAUGUUGGGUGGAGGACACCACGGACAGAGAUUGAAUAAGAUUUACAGAUACUCGAUCAAAGAAGAUGAAAUUUUGACAAUCUUGAAAGACUUAUUCAAGAGGUGGAGUAAGGAGAGAAACGAUGGAGAACCUUUUGGUGAUUGGUGUAUUAGAGCAGGUAUCAUUCAAGAAACUACGGAAGGUAAGUUUUUCCACGAGGGUAUUCCUGAAGAUGCAUAG